UUUUGCUUUGUGUGCUCCAUUAACAUUCUGCACAUGACCUCACCCGCUCGAUCGUCGGUUCAACCUGAAAGACAAGUUUGUUCGUUUGCGGAAAUUAAUUAGAAGAUUAAAACAAUCACAUCAUAAUGCCGAGUGAAACUAUCCCAUUGAGUAUCCUGCCUCCUUUGGCUGAGUGUUUUUACUGUACUUGCUAUUGCGAGGAAAAUGCCUGGAAGAUGUGUGAAAGUGUUCAGAAGAAUUUCCCCAAUGAAUUGAGCAGGGCUUAUGCUGUCUUCAUCUCAAAUGAUGAGAGAAAGGUUCCUCUUUGGAUGCAGAAACAAAGUCCCAGUGAAGAAGUUCCUAUAGUUUGGGAUUACCAUGUCAUUAUGGUCCACCAGCAUCCAUCCUCAGGUAGUCAGGUCUAUGAUAUGGAUACAAGUUAUACAUUCCCUGUCGACUUUGAAAAGUACGUCACCACAGCAGUGGGUACCAACGAUCGUCUGAUGGAGGAAUUUUACAGAUUCUUCAGGGUGAUUCCGGCACAGGAGUUCUUGGAUACGCUCGCAUCGGAUCGUUCUCACAUGAAGAAAGAGGAUGGAGAAUAUAAGUCACCCCCUCCUUCGCAUCCUUGCAUAGUAGCUAAAGAUGGUACAACAAUGAAUCUAGAUUCUUUCAUCAAAAUGGAGAAAGGAACCGGUCAUGGAGAGGUCAUGACCUUGGCGGAGUUCACAACAAAGUUCAUGGAGUCAAGCGACUAAAAUAGUACCAGGGGUAAUAAGUCUGAGAACUGUUUACUUUAAAAGUGAGAAAUAGCUCAUCAUAACAAAUUUUCUACAAAAUGACAACGAGCUGUUGGUUCAUGACUGCGCAUAUGUGGCUGCAUAUUUGUUGGUUUGGUUUGUUAGUUUGUUUUACCCGACUGCUCACGUGGUAGUGUCUAUUAUAAUAUUUCAUUUCAGUGAGGCGCGAUGGCUCAGUGGUAGAGCAGUGGUCUUUUAACCGAGAGGUCCCGGGUUCGCAACUGAUUCAAUGCGCUCAUGCCCUUUAGUAAGGAAUUAAUCCUCAUUACCAAGUCCCUCGGAGAAGACUUAAAGUCGUUGGUCCCCUGGUUGCUUACUUACAACCAUACACAUGCUUUCUCAGCAGUCGGGUAAAAGAAACGAACCAACCAACCUUCAACAAUGUACUAAUGGAAGUUCCACAGAAACGGUGGUAGAAGUUUCAAUUAAUCAUUAAGAUUGUGGAUACACAUAAACAUGUCAACAACUCUUAUUCUUUAAGUAUCAUGUAUUUUUUUAAUGAAUUGUAAAACAACAAAAAUAGUAUUGCGCAUUGUUUGAGAUAGAGAUUAAAGAAUUUACUAAUCAUCCCUGAUAUGAAUGUUCAUGGUAAUGAUAGUGCUAUAAAUAUAUAUAGCUUUUAGUUUUAUAAUAUGAUCAGUUAUCAGUACUACAGAUAGUUUGUAAGUGCAAUUUCCUUUGGCCUUUCAAAGUCCCUUGAUGAUUAUUGCUUUGAAAUAUAAUGAAUGUCAGUGACUAUUGUUUAAAAGAGAGGUUUUACUUUUUGUAAUUGUUAGAAACUGGUCACGAUGGAUUCUAUGAAAUACAUUCCAUUGUUCAUCACGUUUAGCUUCACCUCAUAUGAAAUAUGAAACAAGGUUUAAAUUGUCCAUGUGGCACAUACCCUUAGCGCUUCACGAUUUGAUGUGUUUUUGCAUGAUUUUAAUUUUUUUUUUUUUGUACACGUUGGUAUGUUUCAACAUCAAUACAGGUUCUUUCUACACUUUCGUAGAACACUGUUUUCUCGAUCAUGUUAAAGUAACUCGUACAAGAUCAAUAUUUUUAUUUUAUCGUUAUUGAUAUUUCUAUCCCUGUACCCAUACUUAAUCAUAUAAAUGAAGUUGAAGUUUGAAGUUUGAAGUUUAUUGUCCAAACAAAAAGUACAUCAAUAUAACAAGCAAAUGUGAAUGUUUAACAUUGAAAGGAUAAAUGGGACCAGAAAAUAGAAUUAAAUGCUAAUCGUGUCUGGUACCACUUACACGCAAAAGUAUCAACAAUGAAUGAGAAUGUAAUGAUGAAAGAAAUGAGGAUGUGAAGUUGGAAUAAUGAUCCUUGCUACCUUCCCAGAUUGGAUGGGGGAUGGAAAGAGUUUGUCCAUGCAAAAUAUUCAGACCAAAAUAGGAUUGUGCUUGAUUGCGUACUGGGCUCCGUUUCAUAAAACCCGUUAUCAAUAACAAAUGUUAAAUAUAUAUGACAUAUUUGUUCUCAGCCAAUCAAAUUCCACGAUUUUAGUAGCUUUUAACAGUUAUUGUUACUUGUUUUGUUAAAAAGUUUGGUGAAAUAGGGCCCUGACCUCUCCUAUCUUUAGAUGCUUGUAAUAUUAAAUAAAAUGGAAUUAGAGUGAUCCUUCAAAAGACAGGUUGAUUGUAGGUGUGUUCAACUAUUUUAGUCCAUUGGAUAUGAUUUUAUUGUGGUAUUCGAUGCAUUUGCAUAAAUUGCUUAGUUGUCUUGGACCCAGUGUACAACCAGAUGAAAAUUUGGGACUGUAAUUAUUGCAGUGUAGAAAGCUGCUGCAUUUCUGCUUGAGUCUCAUGUCGCCACUAAUAAUAAAGACUAUAAUGUGCAACAUAUCCACCCAGAGGGUGCUCAAGGCGCUUACAAUGAGCUACAUAUAAACUAUACUUAGAUACAAUCAUGCUUAAUACAGUACAUUAUACAUGGUGAAAAAGACGUUAUUAGUUAAAGUUUUCAGACUGGCCUUUGAUGUUAACUGUGUGACAGAAUUAGGAGAUUUAAAGAAAACUACAUGUCAGCCAAGAAUCAUAUGGUAACCAAUUUUACGCAUCACUGUAUAAGUACAUUCAUUUCCAUGUUAUAUCCUAUAUUUUCGAUUAUUUUGCCUUAGAUUGAAGGAGUUAUUCCUAUAUUGUAACUUUAAACACUAUUUAUCAAGUUAAAAUUUAAGACUUUUAUGGAGUUAUUCAAGUAAGUAAAUUUUGGAGCCUAUAUUACUGAUUAUUUUGCCUUAGAUUGAAGGAGUUAUUCCUAUAUUGUAAUUUUAAACACUAUUUAUGAUGUUAAAAUAUAAGACUUUGAUGGAGUUAAUCACAAAAUUAAAUUAAAACUGAAAUAACAAUAUUAUAUUGCUAUAUAUGGAUGUAUGAAACUACUUUCUGUAACAUUUUUCGCUUAGUGAAAUAAAGAAAAUUGGUUUGUUUACUACCUGGA